CCUGGAGGUGCACGACGACAGUGCUAACCUCUACAACACCGUGCAACCCGUUUGUAUUAUUAAUUUAUUUAUUGUUACUUCCUGUGGAUGUCGGUGAAGUGUAGUAACGCGCCUGUACUGAUGUUACAGAGUCCUGAGCAGCGAGGAUGCCUCAGUGACGUCAUCGCAGCGCUCCAUCCAGCCGCGCGCAGAGAGGGGGAGAGAGUGUAUUAAACCCGGGCGGAGUGUGAACAUGUGAACACAUGAGCAAACUGUUCAGAGAAUGCACCGAGCACAGCAUCGCCUUCAGUCGAAUGUUGUUUUGAAAAAAGAAGGUCUGGCGAAUAUGAGGAUGAAGCGCCCCCUGCUGGUGCUGCUGCUGCUGUUCCUGCACGAUGUGUUCGAGAGUCAGGCACUGAGACACUUCAACAAUUACUACUAUCAGGAUUUGUCACCUGAUGGCAACGGAAAUGGAGAGAUAUACUUCAGUGGUGUGCGUCUUCAUGUGGAAUCUCCACAAACCUUGGUGUCUGCAGUACAAGGAGGCAACGUGACUCUUCCAUGCGUGUUCCAUUAUGAGCCAAAGGUCAGCGCACCCCGCAGAACAAGGGUCAAGUGGUUCUGGCAGCCGAGCACUGGUGAAACCAAAGAGCUACACGUCAUGGUGGCUUUUGGGUCCCGUCAAAGGAGUUAUGGUGACUUCCAGGGUCGUGUGCGUCUGGGGCGAAGCGCUCCAGGUGAUGCGUCUCUGGUCAUCAACCCGCUGAUGAGUGACGACACAGGGCGCUACCGCUGUGAGAUUAUAGACGGCCUGGAGGAUGAGAGUGUUACCGUGGAGCUUCAGUUUCGUGGUAUAGUGUUCCCAUAUUACUCUCCCGUGGGUCGCUAUCAGUUCAACUUCCAGGAAGCUAAAGAUGCAUGUGAGGAGCAGGGUUCUUGUCUAGCCACCUUUGAGCAGCUGUUUACAGCCUGGGAGGAAGAUAAGCUUGACUGGUGCAAUGCAGGCUGGUUGGCUGAUGGGACAGCACAGUACCCUGUAUCAGUGCCACGAGAUGCCUGUGGGGGAAUAGACCUGGCCCCAGGCGUCAGGAGCUACGGAGUACGCCACAAAAACCUUGACCGCUUUGAUGCAUUCUGCUUCACUUCUUCAAUCAGAGGCGAGGUUUACUUUCUGCAACACAAGCUCAAGCUGAACUUCUCUGAGGCAGUGGAGGAGUGUAUCCAGGACGGUGCUCAGAUUGCUAAAGUGGGUCAGCUGUAUGCAGCGUGGAGGUUUGCGGGGUUGGAUCAGUGUGAUGCCGGGUGGGUGGCUGAUGGCAGCGUACGUUACCCCAUCACCCAACCUAGAUCCAAUUGCGGCCCACCCGAACCUGGUGUACGGAGCUUCGGUUUUCUGCCUCAGCAUUUAAAAUAUGGAGUUUAUUGUCACAAAGUCAGAUGGGGUCAUCUGAAGUCACUAGUUGGAAUCGACCCAGUCGUUGCACUAAAGGAGGAGAUCAUCUCUGCAUGUAAUAAAAUCAGUUCUGAUGCAUAGUGUAUACUCAAGCACUGCCAAUUUUUUGCUUAUGAAUCCAGACUUUUGGGCCACCCUGUAUAUUAGGAAUUAAACAGAACACCAAGUGUCACUCAGGGAAUAGACCUGCAAAAACUACAUUUGGUAAAUUCUCUCACAUCAGCUAAACCAAUAGACCCUCACUGUAUAAUACAUACAGUGUGUCCUGCAUUCACAUAUACUACAGACUACAAGCAUUUACCAUAUGUGUUUGUGUGUGUGUGUGUGUGUUCACAUACAUAUAGAUUCAAUAAAGCAGAACAUAAUGGUGUUUUUUUUUCUUCAGAGGUCUGUGAUAUAUUUUUCUCAAAUGACAGAAAGCUUUGCAUAUUUAGUAUCCUACAUAUAGUCGGUUGUUUAAUUUUAUUAACUGUGUAUGCCAUAGUCUGUGCAUGUUUACAGUCUGUUAUGUUUAAAGAAAAACAACAUGCAUUUGUAUUAUUAACUUCAUUUUAAUAAAUGU